GAGCAGGCUGUGAAAGGAACACUUUAACUCUCACGUAGUCGGUUUGAACUCCUCACCUUCCACUUGAAGAUGCCUCCUUCAGCAGCUGGAGACCAAGUCCUGCUGAGGCAGAUGCUGAGGGAAGUGCUGGUGGGCCGGGAGGAUCCGGAGGGGUUCUUUGCGAUGUGUGUGUCCGUCCUGGGGCACCAAGACACCCGCUCCCAGUUCCCGUCCCUCAUCAAGCCUCUGUCCACGGCCAACACCCGCCUGCACUCCGUCCUCAGCUCCAUCUACCAGCAAUACUUCUCCAAGACAGAAGAAGAUGAACUGGAAGUUGCUUUGGCUUUGUCUCUAAUGGAAAUGAAAGAUCCGGAGCUGUCAAAGCCAAACCAAGGGUCGGAAGCCUCGCAGAGCGAAGUCAAUCAAAGCAGCUCUGUUCAGUUGAACUCUGUAUUUGGAUCUCGGGGAAGGAACUCCACACAGACAGAAGACGUACAUGGCAGAGGAAAAAAUAUACCCCCAACUAAAACCGGAGCCUGGAACAGGAAUAGCCCCCAACAGAUGACCCGAAAGACUGAGCUUCAGAAAAGCAUCGACCGAAGUGACGGCCAGACACCUGUAAUAGAUCCAACUCUUUGUGUCACCGGAUUAUCUGCUUCAAACAUAAAGCAAGACACAGUGAAUAAAAGUGACCAAAAUAUGGAAAAGGGAGAUUUAAAUCAGUCCGAGAAACCAAAAUGCUCUAGGAACAGGCGUCAGCGGCGUAAAGGAACUGCACAGCACCCUGUCGGCUUACCCUGUUCUCCAUCAGCAGCGCCACCAGUUUUGCUGUGGUUCAGGAAGGAUUUGAGGCUGUGUGACAACCCUGCUCUCACUGGAUCCCUUCAGCUGGGUGCACCCGUGAUCCCUGUCUUCAUCUGGAGUCCUGAAGAGGAGGAGGGACCAGGGGUUACUGUGGCUAUGGGGGGAGCGUGUAAAUAUUGGCUUCAUCAGGCUUUAUCUUGUUUUUGUAAAUCCCUGGAGCACAUUGGCAGCCAUCUCACCUUCUUCAAAGCCAGUGGAGAUGGGGAUGAGGUUGAAUCCUCUCUCCAUGUGGUAAAACAGCUAGUAAAGGCGACUGGGGCAAGAACAGUGUUGGCCAAUGCCUUGUAUGAACCGUGGCUGAAGGAGAGGGAUGAUGCGGUGGUGUCAGCUCUCCAGAGAGAAGGUGUUGAGUGCAAGAUGUUCCACUCCUACUGUCUCAGAGACCCAUAUUCCGUCAGCACAGAGGGUGUCGGACUUCGAGGAAUCGGCUCAGUGUCUCACUUCAUGAACUGCUGCAAACAGAACCCAGGAUCUGCAGUAGGAGUUCCCCUGGAAGCUCCAGCAUCUCUCCCCACCCCUGCCAACUGGCCCCAGGGUGUCCCUUUGGACACACUUGGUCUUGCACGGAUGCCCCGCAGAAAAGACGGCACAGUGAUUAACUGGGCAGCGAACAUCCAUAAAUCUUGGGAUUUUAGUGAAGAAGGAGCACACGCCCGGCUGAAUGACUUCCUUCAUGAUGGUGUGUAUAGGUAUGAAAAGGAGUCAGGCAGGGCAGAUGCUCCCAACACCAGCUGCCUGUCUCCCUACCUUCACUUUGGUCAGCUCAGUCCACGUUGGCUAUUGUGGGAUGCCAAAGGAGCACGCUGUCGACCCCCCAAGUUCCAACGCAAACUGGCGUGGAGGGAUUUGGCUUACUGGCAGUUAACGCUGUUUCCCGACCUCCCCUGGGAAUCCCUCCGACCUCCGUAUAAGGCUCUGAGGUGGAGUACUGAUCGCGGACACCUCAAGGCAUGGCAACGAGGAAAAACCGGCUACCCUUUGGUCGAUGCAGCCAUGAGGCAGCUGUGGCUGACGGGAUGGUUCAACAACUACAUGAGACAUGUGGUUGCAUCUUUUCUCAUUGCAUAUCUCCAUCUGCCUUGGCAAGAAGGCUAUCGCUGGUUCCAGGACACCCUGGUGGACGCAGAUGUUGCCAUAGAUGCCAUGAUGUGGCAGAAUGGGGGAAUGUGUGGCCUGGAUCACUGGAACUUUGUCAUGCACCCCGUUGAUGCGGCGCUGACUUGUGACCCGUGUGGCAGCUAUGUUAGGAAAUGGUGUCCUGAACUUGCAGUUCUGCCUGACGAGUUUGUUCAUAAACCUUGGAAAUGUCCUGCGUCCAUGUUGCGACGUGGUGGUGUGGUGUUUGGCCAGACGUACCCCGAGCGAAUCGUUACCGAUCUAGAGGAGCGGAGGAGUCAGUCUCUGCAAGACGUGGCUUUGGUGCGUAAAGAGUUUGGACAGUAUGUGGACAAGCGCUCAGGCUGUGACUUGGUGCCUUUGCCACCGUGCCUGGUCACUGAGGCUCUGGGGUUAUCACCCAGAGACGGAGCUGUGGUAAAGGAAGGGAAACAGUUCCUGCUGCCUGUCAUCACCCGCAUGGAAUUCAAACACCAGCUCGAAGAUCCAGAUGCAGAUGCAGCAUCAAACCCCUACAAUGCAGUCCUGAAAGGAUACGUGAGCCGUAAGAGGGAUGAGACCAUUGCCUUCCUUAACGAGAGAGACUUUACUGCCAGUGUGAUGUACGAGGGAACCCAGAGACGGGAGAGGCUGGAAAGGGAUUAUCGCCGAAUGGAAGGGCUGCCUCCAUCUCCUUCACCACGGGGAAGGGCCAGACGAACUCCAACAGCCAAAGACAGGUUCUCUAUUGUACCUGGUGGGGUGGUGAGUUCACUGAAGUGAGGAUAAGAAUUGCAAGACUGUUCCUUGCUUAAAAACUAAAGUGCAA